UGGCAGCUGCUGAGUGCUGCACCCGGGAAGGGGCUGCCCGGCGUGGAUGGGGAAGCCGUGAGUCGUCACCGUGGUAACAGUGUAUGAUAUUGGAACGGACCCCUGGUGCAUCUGCAAUUAGGAAGAUGAAGAGAGCAGCAGAGGAUCAUGGGAAGUGGAGCAAGCUCAUUAACGAAACACAUGAAUCAGUUGUUUCUGAAAUAAGCUUUCAUUCACUGCCUGAGAGGACCAUUUUGAACCCGAUUGGGUUUGCUUCUGCCAAUAGCUGUUCCAUUCUGAGGUGUCAGAAGAGGUAUGGACAGCGUAUUUGCUUUGCUGCAACUGCCAUUUGGAGGAACAAGAGCCAAAGGUCUCAAACAACUAUCAGGAAGAGAGGAGCUCCAAUGUGAAUGUCCUCUGAAAUGGCGUUGAUUUCUGUCUGCCUGUUGUUGUUAUGCUGGUCUAGUUUAACAAAUGCAAAUGGAGCUCCUACAAUUAACGCGGACAGUUACUAUGUUUGUGAGGAUGUCCCAGAAGGUGGAUUUGCAUUUAAAAUUAAUGCAAGUGAUCCAGAAAAUGAUCCACUGACUUAUUCAAUAAGUGGGACUUAUGCCAGUUACUUCAAUGUGGAGUCAUCCACUGGGAAUGUAUAUUUGAAGCUGAAACUGGACAGAGAGAUAGCAUCUGUAAUGUCACUGGAUGCCAGCGUUUCAGACGGUUCGCAAAGUGUGAGUGAACUUGAACACCACAGCACCUUCUCACAAAUAUAUAGGACUAAAGGCAUAUUCAUUAUAGUAAAUGAUGCAAAUGACAAUAAACCUAUCUUUAAGGCGGUUUCAUAUGAACAGACAGUUUCAGAGAACACCCCAGUUGGUACCACUCUGUUCAAGGUACAGGCCGAGGACAUUGACACUGGGCCAGCUGGAACCGUUAGUUACAGCAUUAACGCGUCUUUUCCUAGUUCUGGAGAUACUGUGUUCACGGUGGACAACCUGGGCAAUGUCAUACUCAAGGAAAACCUGAAUUACACCUCCCUCAGCACUUUCUAUCGGUUAAUAAUCACUGCAAAGGAUGGUGGAGGGAAAUGUUUUGGGGAUGAGAUAAUUUACCAGAACACCUCAGUCUUUGCCGAAAUCACAGUUGUGGAUGUCCCAGACCUCGAUCCUCAGUUUAUUGGCACUCCCUACAUGACAUCAGUGGCAGAAAAUACAGCUAUAGGUCAGAGUGUGUUAGCUGUCACGGCUAUUGACCAGGACACAGGGAUUAAUGAUGAUAUAAUUUACAGCAUUGAGGAAAGCGCAUUGUUCAUUAUAGACCAGAAAGGGUUCAUUACUGUAAAGAGUGAGAUAGAUCGAGAAGUAAUUGGUGACAUAGUGGAACUGACUGUUAAGGCAACUGAGCGUAACCUAAACAUCCAUGGAGUCCAAGCCUCUGCCACCGCCCAAGUGCGAAUCACUAUCACUGAUGUGAACGACAACAGUCCGGGAUUUUUCAAGUGUGCAGACGAGUGUGUUGCUGCAAGCAGCUUCUCCGGAGAGGUGAAGGAGAAUUCACUAGGGAUUGUUUUCAUCAACAUGACUGUAAAGGACGCAGAUAAGAAUUCUCAAACUGAACUGUCCCUGGAUGGAGAGUAUAAAGACACGUUUUCCGUGGAGCCUGCUGUGGCAUUUUCCAGCAGCACUGUGCAGCUGAUUGUCAAAAGGUCCGAAGUCUUGGACUAUGAAAAAAUGCAGCAAAUAUCUUUAAAGGUUAUAGCUGUGGACCAAGGAAACUCCACCUAUCGUGCCACUGCGGACGUCACCAUCAACAUCCUGGACAUCAACGACAACAUCCCCGAAUUUGCCAAUGACACGUACUACGCCAAAGUGCCCGAGCAAGCCGAGGAUGGGACAACAAUAGCCACCAUCACUGCAACAGACCUUGAUUUAAUGGACGUGGACAAGAUCACCUAUAAACUUCUACCAACAAACAUGCAGCAGUACUUCGAUGUGGAGCCAAAGACAGGGAGGGUCUUUGUGAAAAAUGGCGCUCUCUUGGACCGUGAAUCCAGAGCGUUGUAUUCAGUGACACUGCAGGCCCUAGACUCAGAGGGCAAACCAGGAAACACUGUCCUCGAAAUCACUGUUACGGAUAUCAAUGAUGAGACACCCGUGCCCAACAGAAACCCUUACCGGGAGUCUGUGUAUGAUGGAACACAACUGGAAAAUGUUAAAAUUGAGGCUACAGAUGGAGAUGAACAAGGCACACCAAACAGUAUGCUUGUUUUUACCAUUGAGCCUGGCCCCUUCAGUGAGAACUUUACCAUUAACGCAGACACUGGAGUCCUGUCCAGCAAAGUGCCUCUGGACCGGGAGAGCAUUGACCCAAGUCUGAAUGGGGAGAUCCAACUCAAAGUAAAGAUAUCAGACAAGGGCCAGCCUCCACUGUUCGCUGUAGUCAACGUCUCCAUCAAUGUGCAGGAUGUCAAUGAUAACAAGCCAGUUUUUAAGGAGCCCUCCUAUAGGUUCAGUGUAAAAGAAAGUGAAAAAGGUGUUUUUGUUGGCUCUGUUAACGCUGAAGACCAUGAUCAAACAUCUGACUUCAAUCGCAUCUCCUUCAACAUUAUCGAAGGUGCACUGGCCAGUUUCACCAUCCGCACUGCCCCAGAUGCACCGGGGUACAUCGGUAGAAUCAACGUGGACCAGGACACCAUGCUGGACUAUGAGGGCCAAAAAACAUACAAUCUUGUAGUCGAGGCAGUAGAUUUUGGCCAAGAGAAAGCCACAGUUGAGGUGGAAGUCAUUGUUCUUGAUGUGAAUGAUGAGAGACCCACGUUUGAACCGAUACCUCCAGUUACUGUCGAGGAAAACAGCAAGGAAACAGGGCCUAUUGGGACAUUUACUGCAGUGGAUAAAGACGGAAACCACUCCUUAAUUUAUAAACAACUAUCCGUGAAAUGCAGGUGUAGUGGGGAAUACACGCCAUGUGACUGGUUUGUUGUGGAGAUGAAUGGUUCUGUUACCAUCAACCCAGAUGCUCAAAUUGACUAUGAGUCGUGCGACCAGGCCAUAGUGGAGGCUGAUGUGGUGGAUGAAUAUACAGAGAAGGGAGAGGCCAAUAGUCUGGUGCCAGGAGAGAUGGUGAUAAAUAUUUUGGACAUGAAUGACAAUACACCAGAGUUUGUGUCCUCCAAUUCAGUAUUUGUUUUGUUGUCUGAAACUGCAAGCCAGGGGACAUCAGUUGCUGAAGUCAGCGCUACAGACAGGGAUAGUGGAGCAAAUGGACAGAUUGAGUUCCAGGUUUCAAAAGUCCAGUUCGUACACUUGGACAAUAAAACUACGGACAUGAGUAUGCUGUUUGAGGCUAUUACAACACAACAGAAAAACCUUUAUGUUGGAAUUAUUCAAUCAACUGAGAAGCUGAAUACACAAUUACAAGGCAAAUAUUUGGUGACAGUUGUGGCAAAAGACACUGGGGACCUCACCAAUACCAGUGUUCUUGGCAUCUUUGUUGUUGAUGAUUCCUACAAGAAUAAACUUCGCUUUAAUGCUACUGAAGCAGAAAUUAAGGCACAACAAAAUGAAAUCGAAAGAGAUCUUAUGGCUGUUACUCAAGCUGCUGUUCGAGUGGUUUCAGUAAAAGAAGAGACCUCUAGAACUGCUAGGGCUUCAGCUGUCACUGUCAUGGAGGUCUAUUUCAUCAACGCAAAUGGGACAGGUCUCCCACCUAAAACAGUGGAGAAAACGCUGUCUCUGCCUGAGAAUUUUCAGAUUCUGUCAAAGUAUAGACUCAUCUAUGUUGGCACUGUGGACCCAGUCAAGACUACAGUCAACCCCUGGCUAUAUGUCCUCUAUGGGAUGGUUGCAGGUCUCAUUGUUGUGACUGCUAUCCUCACCACGUCUUUGGUGUGCACACGCAGAAACUACGGGAGGAAGCUCAAAGCAGCCAAUGCUGCCAAGUCUGUCUCAGCAAUGUUUGACCAAAAAGGAGGUCCAGUGGUUCCAGGCACCAACCUGUACACCAUGGAGGGAGCUAACCCUGUGCUCAACUUGAACAUUGACGCUGCACUGGACAUGGGUGAAGACAGUGAUGUGGACAAAGUCAGUCUGAGUUCUCUGGACAACAGCGAGGUAGCGACUGUGUUUGAGAAAGACACAAAUCCCAUUAUGAAGAAGACCCAGAAGGAGGACAAAGAUGAUGAACCUAAGUACAUUGAGCCCUUGGGUGCAGCUUUAGCCCAACGGGACCAGAAGAUAAGAUCCAACAACCCUCUUCUUGGUGACGACAAUCCCAUAUUUGACACCACAGAUCUGUGAUAGGGAAUGCUGAAGUGAAAAACUGACAUCCAGCAUCUGAACUGUUGAAACUGAGAGCCUUUAAAAGGUGAAUGAGUUGCUUUAAAGUACAUUUUGGCCAAAAUCAUCCCAGAAAUAGUUUGUCAUAAUCUCAUAAUCUCAUAAUGUCAACCUGUAAUCUCUGUAAAAUGUACUUGUACAGAAUCUCCAAAUCAAUCAAAGUGGAAGUAGUCCUUCCCUAAAAACAUAUUUAUUUUUACUUGCAAACAGAAAAUAUUGUUGCACAAACUAUUUUAUUUGUGAAACAUAAUGAUGUCUGAAACGUGUUGCUACUU